UACAAAUCAAGCUUCCGGUUAUUUUUAAACUCGAUGUUUAUGUUGUCAUUUUUAUGAAUCAUCGGUAAUUACAAGUGCUCUGCUCAUAUUCCUUUGUUGAAAAAAUAAGAUUACGUAGAUUGGUGUAAGCAGGUUGUGGGGAGUUAAUACUGUAAGGUGAUAAUAGGGAGCCACUAAAUACAAUUACUUGUUCAGAAUAAACAGAUAAAGCAACAAUGACAACAACCAGUACUGAUGCCUACCCCAUAGGAGGCCGUGAGACAGUGUUGAUGACAAAGCCAGUUGCAGGGCUUUCAGAGUAUAACUUCUCACACAAGAGACGAGGAAAGGCCCUUAUUAUAAACAAUCGCAACUUUGAUGCAAUGUUGACAGGACAAAUGGAUAGAGAUGGCACAGAUAUUGAUGCUGAUGCUAUAACUGCUAGGUUGACAGAUCUUGGGUUUGACGUUGACGUUCUACACAACUUAACAACAACAAAGAUGUCGUUUGCAUUGCGAAAUGCUGCAGAGGAAGACCACUCAGAUGCCGACUGCUUUGUGUGUGUUAUACUCAGUCAUGGGAGAGAUGGGCGUGUCUAUGGUAUAGAUGGCACUAUUACAAUAGAGAGUCUUUUGAGGCACUUCAAGGGGGAUGAGUGUCAGACUCUUGCUGGAAAACCCAAACUUUUCUUCAUUCAGGCUUGUAGGGGCACAAAGUUUGACCAUGGAGCUGAAGUUACAGAUGCUGCAACAGAUGAAGGGAUGGAUGAAAUCGAUGCUGCACCAGUUGUAAGGAUUCCCUCGGAGGCUGACAUCAUGAUUGCCUACUCUACAGUUCCAGGUCAUUUCUCAUGGCGCAAUAAUGUAGAUGGCUCUUGGUUCAUCCAAGCCUUAUGUAGAGUACUUAAAGAACACAGCCAUGAUAUGGACCUGAUGCAUAUGAUGACAUUUGUUAACCAGAUUGUGGCUUAUGAACAUGCCUCUUGCACAGACGAUGAUUUCACAUCCAAUAUGAAACAGAUCCCCAGCAUUGUUUCCAUGCUGACAAAGCUGGUGUAUUUCAGACGUAAUUAAUAAAUGCUACAAGACUGAACUUUGGACAGUACAAUAAGUUCACUCAUGUUGUCUGAGGUUAUGGAAGGAAGUACUGGUUUUAUUGAUAGUCUUUUUAAGGCUUUUAUUUUUAUUCAAGAUAGUCCUAUAAAUUCUGCAUUGAGCUGUUUCAUAGUUGCAGUUUUUGAUAUUAUUUUUAACCAGAUUUAGGCUGAAUAUAAGAGCCUUCUCAGAAUUUUUAGUUUGGUUUCAAAUAAAUUAAUUAGAACACUUUUAUGUUGGCUUUCCAAAUGAAAUUGUAUUUUUUAUUGGGAGAAUAUUAUGUAAUGCUUUGUAUAUAUUUCUGCUAUCAUGCUAUAAGUGGCUUGUUUAUGUGUAUCCAGCACUAUAUGAGCUCCACUAUUUCUAUAUGUACAAGAUCAAGCUUCGAUAGUUUCUCUAUUGCAAGCCACAUAAUCCUGGCGACCAGAGCUAUCAUAUUUGAUCUUUGUUUAUAGAGAUUUAUUUGGAAUUCAUCAGUGGCAGAUUUUAAUAUGAUAAACAAAAUGAUAUUUUCAAGUAUUUUACACCAUUUCUGCUGAGCAGAAGUGUCUCUGAGGCUAAGACCUGUAAACCAUAUUAAUUAAGAACACAUAUUAUGUGUAUGCAAUAUACUCUGUUUAUAAUUAUUUUGGCUCAC